AUGCGCCAGCCUGAAGCAGGUAAUUGUUACCCAGUGGCAAUUAGGAGGCCUGCGCCAGGCCCCACCCUCCUCCCCCUGGGUGAUACUCCAGCGCUCCGAGCUCCACCUCGCCUACAGGGUUCGCGCUUCCACAGUUCCCGCCGGGAGCGCUAUGGCACAGUUUUCAAGACGCACCUACUGGGCAGGCCGGUGAUCCGAGUGAGCGGAGCUGAGAACGUUCGCAUCAUCCUGCUAGGUGAACACCGCUUGGUGCGCAGUCAGUGGCCCCAGAGCGCGCACAUCCUGCUAGGCUCCAACACACUGCUGGGGGCGGUUGGUGAGCCACACCGGCAGCGGCGCAAGGUCCUUGCGCGCCUGUUCAACCGCACCGCACUGGAGCGUUACAUACCGCGCCUGCAGGGGGCGCUGCGGCAUGAGGUUCGCUCCUGGUGCGCUGCUGCAGGACCAGUAGCUGUCUAUGAGGCUGCUAAGGCGCUCACCUUCCGCAUGGCCGCGCGCAUCCUACUGGGUUUGCGACUGGAUGAGGCACGGUGCGCCGACCUGGCCCGGACCUUCGAGCAACUGGUGGAGAAUCUCUUCUCGCUGCCCUUGGAUGUACCCUUCAGCGGCUUGCGCAAGGGCAUCCGGGCCAGGGACCAGUUGCAUCAGCACCUGGAGGAGGCCAUUGCUGCGAAGCUUCGUGAGGACAAAGCAGCAGAGCCAGGUGACCCCCUCAGCCUCAUCAUGCACAGCGCUAGGGAGCUGGGCCAGGAGCUCUCAGUGCAGGAGCUAAAGGAGUCAGCUGUGGAGCUCCUCUUCGCCUCCUUCUUCACCUUGGCCAGUGCCAGUACGUCCCUAAUCCUGCUGCUACUACAGAACCCUGCAGCCAUUGCCAAGAUCCAGCAGGAGCUGGCGGCGCAGGGGCUGGGGCGCGCUUGUAGCUGCUGGCCUGGGGCAGCGGGGCCCCAGCUGGAAUGCAGCUGCCAGCCCGACCUCACGCUAGCUUCCCUGGGCCGUCUGCGCUACGUGGACUGCGUGGUGAAAGAGGUGCUGCGCCUCCUGCCGCCGGUGUCGGGUGGCUACCGCACAGCGCUGCGAACUUUCGAACUCGACGGUUACCAGAUCCCCAAAGGUUGGAGCGUGAUGUAUAGCAUCCGGGACACUCAUGAGAUGGCCACUUGGUACAGUAGCCCGCCCAAAGGCUUUGACCCGGAGCGCUUUGGCGCAGCGCGUGAAGAACCGGGCACUUCCAGUCGCUUCCAUUACAUCCCGUUUGGCGGCGGGGCGCGUAGCUGUCUUGGCCAGGAACUGGCACAAGCAGUGCUGCAACUGCUAGCUGUGGAGCUGGUACGCACCGCGCGCUGGGAGCUGGCUACACCCGCCUUCCCGGCCAUGCAAACAGUGCCCAUUGUCCACCCAGUGGACGGGUUGCGGCUCUUUUUCCACCCGCUUGUACCUGCAGCCAUGGAAAAUGGGGUACAGCUCUGACCUGUGCAGCACUUCAAGACUCGCCCAGUGACUGCAAGGGACACGCUCGUUUGGUGGUUCAGUUUUUCAAUAAACCUUAAUCGAAA